CCCGCGGGAGGUUGUGCAUCGCUAGCGACCGGCAAAAAACAAAUUUCCUAUAAGAUUUUGAAUGGAAUUCUUAUUAGUUGGUCUAAAUUAUAGUUUCUUUACAUUUCAGUUUCUUUAGAUAUAUUUGCAGCUUUGUCAUGAAUUAUCAGCCAGCUUUUCAGAGUGUUAGUGAUUGGCUACAAAAUUCAAUGGCUUGGUUCUCUAAUUCCACAUCUGCUAUGGACCUCCAUACAGCUAUAAUUUGUGCUGGAGUUUUUGUGAUAUCUGCCUUGGUGGUAUAUUUGAUAUCUGUUUUUGGGAUGCGUGAGCGUACGUAUGAAGAGGCCAUAGAAGAACAGAGACGUAGAAACCAAGAAGCUCUACAGCAAGCAAAAACUGAUAAAAAUAAAAAAGAAAAGAAGUUUAAAAAAUGGGGUAAGAAAACAAAGGAAAAGAAUGAAGAAGAAAGAAAUCCUGGUUAUGAAGUUGAAAGUAAAUCUUCUGAAGAACUUGAUUCUAAAAUUGAAUUAUCUGAAAGUAACUGCACUACUAGUCAUUCAUUGCCUACUAGAGUUGCUCAUGUCAAGAAACCUCGUCAGAGAAAACAGGAUAAAGGAGAUGAAUGCCUUCAGCAGUUGUCAUCAUCUGAAGAAACCGAUGAACCCUCUUCAUUUAACAAUCCUCUUUGUAAUGACCAACCUUUUUGUGAAGACAAAAAGGUUUUAUCUGUGGAGACAAACUCAAGAUCUAAUGAUGAUUUCAAACUUCAAGCUGCUGAAGAAUCGACUGAACAUCUAGGGGAUUCUAAAGAAAAAACUGAGGAAAAUGAUUCUUCUAAACCUUGCAAAAAGUCUCCUGUAAAAAAGAACAAGAAAAAUAAAUCAGACAGCUUGGAAUCAACUGCAGAAAGCAUGGAUCCAAGAGAGAACAAAAUAAUUAAUGUCAUAAAAUCCGCUAAUCUUACUGAGGAGGAAAUACAGCACAUUGUAGAUGCCUUAAGUGGAAAACAAAGGGGUGUAAAUGCUGAAAAAAAGAAAAAUGACAGUGCUGUUCUAAAAAAACUAAUACAAGAAAAAGAAGAUGCCUUAAAAUCUGAACAGAAAUCAUGUCAGGCUGCCAAUGAAAGGAUAAAUGAAUUGCAGCAAGAAAUAAAUGAUAUUAAAGCUCAAGCGUCAGGAACUGAGAAAUCAUUGCGUGAAACUUUGAAGCAAGAACAGCAAGAAAUCAAGGCUUUGCACGCUAUGAUGCAACGUAAACAUGAUCAGUAUGCCUCCGAAAUGAAUUCUCUUCAAUCUAAGAUGCAACAGAUGAAGAAUAAAUUGAAAGAAGAGCAUGCGUUAGCUCUCCAGAGAUCUCAAGAAGAAAACAGCCAGCUACAAUCAUUAAACAGAAUAGAAUCAGAGAAGCAACAGCGAAGCACAAUGGAACUUUCCCGCUUACAGCAUGAAAUUGAACAGUUGCGUUCAUCUCGUGAAAAGUAUGAAACUCAUCAAGCAGCUAUGCAACAAAAUCAAGAAGAGCUCCACCAUCAAAUUCAGCAGUUAGAAAAACAUAUUGAGCAACUUGUUAAUUCUCAUCAGGAAGAAGAAUACAGUUAUAAACAAAGAAUCAACGAAAUGAGCAACAAAAUACAGCAAACUGAAAAUUCGAGAUCUUCACUGGUUCAGGAGUUGCAAAAUGCUCAAUCAGUUUGUAGUAGCUUGGAAGCAGAUAAUUCAUCACUCAGGCAAAGAUUAGAAGAAGCUAAGCACAAACUUAAUAGUUCUGAACAAGAAAUUAUGAAACUCCAAAACCGAUUGGAGGAGUCUAAUAGGCAGCAAAUCGAUCUAGGUAAUUGUCUUGAGAAAUUAAGGGAGGAAGUGAUGGAUCUUACAAGUGUAAAAUGUGAACAUCUUCAAGUUAUUCAGUCAUUAAAGAAAGAUAAUGAAGUCUUAGCCACACAAGUAACUCAGAAUAUAGAAAGAAUGGCAGGAGAUGGAACAGAUGAAAAGCAACAGACUUUGGAAUCACCAGAAAUGCAAUCAAUAAACAUGGAUGAGCAUAAUAGUGUAGUUCAUGAAAAAGAAAAUAUUAUUCAUCGUCUUUUGGAAGAGCUAGAGCAAUGCAGAUGUGAAGUUACUUCUUUGUCUAGUGAUCUUGUUGCUGAGAGACAGCUAAAUCAGAGUUUGGUUGAUAAAAAUAGUGGCUUAUCUGAAGCACUGAAAAAAGCAGAAGAAAGGCUACAAGAUGUUAUGAAAUCCUCAGAAGAAAAAGUACAAGAAGCUCAAAGAAAAGCUGAUAGUACUUCAAAAGAAAUGCAAAAUACUUUAAAUGAACAAAUUAAAGAAGUUGAACAUACAUUGCGAGAAAGCUAUUCAAAAGAGCUUGAUACUGUACGAGAAGAAGCAGAAAGUAUAAGAAAAGAAGCUGAGGAGAGAUUGUUAAAAGCUGAAAUACAAGCUAAUCUUAGAUUGGAAGAAUUUCAAGAAAGUUUGUAUGAAAGGCUAAAUCAAAUUAAUGUUGAGUCUGAAGCUAAAGUCAAAGAAGCCUUAGUAGAGAAAGAGAAAGCAGUAUGUGAUUUAGAAAAUUUUGCAUUAUCCUUAAGAGAAUUUCUUCAAAGAAUUUUUCCAAGUAUGAAAGUUCCUAAAUGUUCAGAUAACAAACUAUUAUGGUCACAAUAUGAAGCAGAAGUAAUUUCCCAUAUAAAAGCUUCAAAAUUAGAAGAUUUGAAUCAUGGUUCUAAAGACAUUGAUGGUUUGAUUAUGAAACUUGAAGAGAAUGAAAAAGAAAAGUCACGUUUAGAGUGCAAAAUCAAAAACUCUGAUUAUGUUUUAGCUGAAACGGAAAAAAUUUUGAAAAAUCUGCAGAGUAAUGUUGAGGAAGAAGAAAAGAAAUGGAAAAAAGAAUUGCAAAGUAAAAGUGAAAUUCUAACAGAAGCGUUAGAUGAAAAUGAAAAGCUGAAAUUGCAAAAUAGAACUCUACAAACAAAUCUGGAACAGCUCAAAGGCUUGAAAGAAAUGGAGGCAAAGCUUAUUGAAUUACAAUCAAGGCUACAAAUGGAGGAAAUUGAAAAAUUAACUUUGGUUCAGAAAAGUAAUGAAGCCCUUUAUGAAAUAGAAGAAUUGCGUUUGAAACUACAAAAAGAAGAGCUUGAAAAAAAAUUGCUUCAAGAAAAAUUAGGUGUUAUUGAUUCCUUAGCAACUUCAAUUUCUGUUUCUGAUAACACUCUUAUGCAAAUUCCUGAAGUCAAUUCUAAUAUUAUACCAAAUAAAUCUGAAAAAAGGAAAAAGUCGAGAAAAAGGGGUGCUUCUGGGAAAAAGUAACUUUUUGUUGAGACCAAUAAGUCCCUCCACAGAAUGCAGUGUAAUAAAUCAGAUGGUGCUUAGCUUAGAUUUGUUUAGUCAGCAAUCACUAGUUCUACUGUGCAUUUAUAUAAAAGAUUGUAUUCUAGAAAUGUAAAAAUGAAGCAUUUAUCUGUACACAGAAAUUUGCUGUGUUUGCUUCUGUUUUUGUUUUUUCAUACUCACUUUUUUAUAGUGUAACUGUUUUGUGUAAUUUACAUUGUUGCAUUGUCAGAAAUCACAAACUGCAAUUUGUAAUUUAUUUAAGGCAUGAUAGGGCACAUCCUAGUAGCUUUAAUUAUGUUUAAUUGAGCUAAACAAGUCUAAAAAAUGUGAAAUUCCUGUCUGAAUCAGGUGAUUUAAUCUAGAUUGUUAUUUUUGUCACUGUUUUUGAUUUUCUGGAAUUUAUUUUAGAAACUAUAUGAGCGCAGAAUCCAUAGAUGUAAAAUAUGAAACAUUUCAUUCAGGUGAAGAAUAUAAUAUUUUCAAACUAGAGAGUCGAAAUUUGUUCUCAUUUCCAAGUUUCUAUACUUCUAUUUUAUUUAUUUAUUUGUGUGUGUGUGUGUGUGUAGAAAUUACUAUUUUCAUUUUCUUGUUAUCAGUUAUUGUUUGGGUUUAUAUGUGAUUACAUUUUUAAGUAUUUUGCUUUUUUAUUUAUUUAUUUAUUUUUUUUUCUUUAUUAGGGAGCCUAAACUUUAAAUAAAAAAAAAACUUGGGUUUACAUCAAAAAUAAAGGAUUGAGUAAUAUUUAACUUGUGAAAUUUUCAGAAUUAUUUGUUGACGUCAGUAUGCAUGAAUUAGUCUUUAAACUGUCAAUUCUAAUCUGGUAAUCCUAUUUUCUAGUCAUCACGAAAAUAUGUACAUUCAUUUGUCUUUCUGUAUUUAUUCAUCUAGUUAAAAAAGAAAAAGUCAUAUUUCCAAUGAUAGGGACACAUUACAUGCAAAUUUUAAAGUAAAUUUAUCUUCUUUCACGUGAAAAUGUUGAAUUUUAAAUAUUGCCUGAAGUGUUACAUUUUUUAAUGCAUUUAAACUACUACUUAAUUGUGUUAUUUUAUUACUAUUUAUAUAAACUUCUAUUUUGAAGUUUUUGUAUUGUUGAGUUAUAAGGAAAGAACUGUUUUUAUGAUGAAUUAAAGAAUUAAUAUUGUUGUGAUAACACUACCAAAACUAAUAUACUUGGAACUUUUACUCUGAAUUAUUAAUUAUUGUUGCUUAUUGUGAAGUGUUUUUUUUAUUUAUUAAAAAAAUUACUCAAAAAAGCCUGUAUGAUUACUACAUUGAAUUUCACCUUAUUAUGAAAGGGGGCAAUGGAUGUUUAAAAAUUAUUCCAAAAAGUCUGAUUUUAAUUACUAUACCAUAAGCUUGUCGUCACAUUUUGAAUAUUUACUGAUAUUUCUGAUGCAGUUAGAGACUUUCUAAUUCCAAACUUUUGUUGCACAUAAUAAGAGGUUCAUUCAUUUUGAAUUUCUUGUAGUAACACCUAAACUUGAUUAAGUAAACUUCUGCUUUAUAUUCAAUGUAUACGAUAAAUUCUCAACUCCUGAUUGUAAAUUUUAAGCUAAAAAUUACAUGUGAUUAAAUUAAGUUUUUAAGCAAUUUUGUCUUGAAAUGCUUAAAGUUAGUCUUUGAAUUUUAAGAGCAUCUACAUUUAUCUAGUGGUUUAUUGAUGAGUGAUAUUUUAUCUUUCUUUAUUUAACUACAUUUUGCAUUAAAGUUUUGUGAUAUUUUGACAAUAUACUUCAUUGCUCUUAAAAUUGUUUUAAAAUUCAAAAAAUGCUGUGAAAUUUUUUUCCUAUGCUUUUUUAUUCUAAUGCAGAAACAUUUUUUUCCUCAGUAAAGAAUAUUAGUGUUUAAUUGUUUCACUAAUAGGUCGUUUAAGGUAAGUCGAUGAGCACUGUAUUGACUUUGAAAGUAUGAUGUUGCUUAGUUACAAAAGCAGUCUGACAUGCUAGAGUUUUAACAUAAUUUACAAAAUUUAGUAUAAUGCAUAAAGCUUUAAAUUUCCAGUGUAAACUAGUCAAAUUUGUUAAGAAUGUUUGCAAUUCUUUAGGCAUACCCAAUUAGUGUUUACUAUUGGGAUUUAUGAAAAGUUACUCAUAUUUAUAUAGGCCAACUAUUAUUUACAUGGUUGGUGUUACUAAAAUUGAUCUAGAUAACAUAUAUGAAACUGGAGAAAAGAAAUGGCUUUCAUCAACAAGAAAUGCUUCGUUAAAAAUGAUUGUUUAAAGUUUCUUCCCGUUGGGAAAUGUUUACUUUUAAAAUUAUACACUAUAUUUAUUAUUUUCUUUUUAAUUCGUGUAAAUAUUUAAAUCUUUCAUAUACUGUCCCCCCCCCCCCCCUUUACUUUUCUUUUCUUUAAAACAUAUCCUUUUCAUCGGAGGUGCUUUUAAUGAUCUUACAGUAAGUUACAAAGCUAUUGAAUUGAGCUAAAUAGGAAUAAUGAAAAACCAACUGUUGAUUCUGUUUGGUACUCUUCUCUGAUUGGUGGCACAUUUUUUUCUUGGCGAUUAUUUUUUAGUUUACUUUUAGCUACCAUGUUUUAUCGAAGUUGCAAUACAACUACUUAUACAACUACUUGUUUGGCAAUACAUUGCACUAUGUUGUCUUUUUAAUGAACUUUUCAGCAAAAUAAACCUUUGAAAAAGGUUUAAAAUGAAAAGUAAUGC